AUGGGGUUUCCUCAAACUCCAAGCCAUCCUCACUUGUAUUCACAAGCACUGCAACAAAAACUUUACCAGAGGCGGACUUCCACUGCCUCAUCUCCUCCACCAACACUUCCGAGGACCUUAAACCAAGCAACUCCAUUCGCCCCUUUGGGUGAAAUGGGCUUGAAGGGGAACCUCAAAGAAAAGCUUCCAGUAAUCUCCUUUAAUGAUGAUCUGAAGAUAAAAGAAUCGCAGUGUUGUGUUUGCUUGGGAGAAUUCGAGAUCAAUGAGAAGGUGCUGCAGCCACGUUUGUGCAAACACAUCGUUCACAUCGACUGCAUACGCCACUGGCUCCAUUCAAACUCCACUUGUCCACUAUGUAGAUCCUCGGUCAUUGCCACCACCAAGCAUGCCAAUUUUGAUCUACCUGUCAGUCCCGAACCAGUUGAGCAAGAUAACCAAAACUUCCACCACGAUCCACAGAAUAUCGCUUUUGUAGGGCAACAAGGUCAACUAAGUAGAGGUAGAACAAUUCUGAAUUCUUGCUCGAUAGAGCAGCAUAUCGUCCUAAUAGAAGGAUCAUCCAGUGCAAGCUCAUCCAUUUGCAGAGACAGUGAGCUGAGUUCUCUAUAUCCUGAAUCAGUCGUUCUCAGCAUUCAAUCUCAUGGUAGUUGA